CACACCCACAAUUUCUCUCUCUCUCGGUUGGAGUCUUGGAGAAAGGUUUUGGCCAUUUCCGAAAGCAUUCAGAUUUUGAGGGUGUGAAGGAUCGGAAGGUUGUUCUAUAUCAAUGGCUUCAAUGAUCAGUCUCUUCUCUUCUCUAAAGCACAAGUUCAGAUCAGAGCACCAGCAUUGACGCUGACAACCUCUAAACUUAGAUAAGCCACAGUUUCUGUUGCGGCAUUGAUUAACAUGGAUGAAGAGUACGAUGUGAUAGUGCUGGGGACGGGCCUCAAGGAAUGCAUUCUCAGCGGUCUUCUAUCUGUCGAUGGCUUAAAGGUUUUGCACAUGGAUCAGAACGACUAUUAUGGUGGUGAAUCAACUUCACUUAAUCUCAUCCAGCUGUGGAAGAGGUUUAGAGGAAGCGACAAGCCCCCGGAACAAUUGGGUGCCAGUAGAGAUUAUAACGUUGACAUGAUCCCUAAGUUUAUCAUGGCAAACGGUGCCCUUGUGCGCGUCCUCAUUCAUACCAGUGUUACUAAAUACUUAUCUUUUAAAGCUGUUGAUGGAAGUCAUGUUUACAACAAAGGAAAGGUUCACAAGGUACCUGCAACUGACAUGGAGGCUCUGAAAUCUCCUCUAAUGGGUAUCUUUGAAAAGCGACGUGCCCGCAAAUUUUUUGUUUAUGUCCAAGAGUACAAUGAAAAUAAUCCCAAAACACAUGAAGGGAUGGAUCUGACAAAAGUCACGACUAAGAAGCUCAUUGCAAAAUAUGGUCUUGAUGACAACACUGUGGAUUUUAUUGGCCAUGCAUUAGCUCUCUAUAGUGAUGAUCGUUACUUGGAUGAACCAGCAAUAGAUACUGUGAAAAGGAUGAAGCUCUAUGCCGAGUCUCUGAUACGUUUUGCUGGAGGAUCGCCUUACAUUUACCCUUUGUAUGGCCUUGGAGAGCUUCCCCAGGCAUUUGCUCGUCUGAGUGCUGUAUAUGGUGGCACCUACAUGUUGAACAAACCCGAAUGCAAGGUAGAGUUUGACGGGGAUGGCAAGGCCUGUGGUGUUACAUCAGAAGGUGAAACAGCUAAGUGCAAGAAAGUAGUAUGUGAUCCUUCCUAUCUUCCUGGAAAGGUUAGGAAGGUCGGAAAAGUUGCGCGCGCCAUUGCUAUAAUGAGCCACCCGAUCCCGCACACCAAUGAUUCUCAUUCAGUGCAAGUCAUUUUACCUCAGAAGCAGUUGGGUCGUAAAUCAGACAUGUAUUUAUUCUGCUGCUCCUACUCUCACAAUGUUGCGCCGAAGGGGAAAUACAUUGCAUUUGUCUCGACUGAAGCAGAAACUGAUAAUGCUGAGACUGAACUGAAGCCGGGCAUCGAUCUUCUUGGACCUGUGGACGAGAUUUUCUUUGAGACAUACGACAGAUAUGAGCCGACCAACGAACCAUCGCAGGAUAAUUGUUUCAUAUCAACUAGCUAUGAUGCCACAACACACUUUGAAUCCACCGUCGUGGAUGUGCUGCAUAUGUAUACGCAGAUCACCGGGAAGGUUCUUGAUCUUAAUGUCGAUCUGAGUGCUGCCAGCGCUGCCGAAGAAUGAGUGUCCUGUCCCGAUGUGUGCUUAGGACAUUUAUCCGGUACAAGAUUGCUCGUGAUUUGAAUAUAUUAAUGUUUCCUUUUUCUAUUUCAGCUCGUUUAUCUUUGUUUCAUUGAUACUUAAACUUUAGCCGGUUGGGUUUUGGCUCGUAUUAUAAGUUGAAAUUUACAUGAACAGUUAGUUGAUUAUGCAUUUUCACCUAGAGGCUAGAUGUAUUGUUUGCUUAAAUUUUAAUAGUUGACUUGUUGUCAAGCAAAUUUUACGUAACUUGAAUUUGAAGU